CAUUGGACUAAAAACAAACAGGCAACCCGGUCGAGAAUGGAUGCAUCAUGCCUAAUCGCAAACGUGACAACUCAACGAACGCACUGAGUUCCAUCCGUGAGCCACUCACCGCUGUCACUUGAGCACCCCAGUGUGCAAAUGUAAUCAGCCCCGAGAACACAUCACGUGAGGUUACGCCGUUUGCUGUUUGUGUAUUUGUUUGUUUCGUCAUGCUAUUCUCGCAUUGGCAUUGUCUCUCACAGCGCCGCUCAUGCGGUACUCGCUGUCAUCCAGUACGUGACGUGCCACGACUACGCUGACACACAGAAGUGAGUCAGUUGCUCCGCUUUGAUACUGGAUGUUUUAUUUCAAGUAACAAACAAACAAAAAAACGUAAACAAAAAAUGGAAGAACUAGUGAUUGAACAAGUGCGAAAACGAAGCUACCUGUACGAUCAUAAUUCACCGCUCUACCGAGAUAAGCAAAGGCGAAUCGCCGGGUGGGAAGAAAUCGGUAGAGAGAUUAAUAUGCGUGGAAGAGCCGUACAGAACGUGUGGGAAAAGUUACGUCGCUGUUUUUCGAACGCUCUAAACCGCCGCAAACGGUCGGCAGAGGAAGGUGCCAAGCCGCUACCUCCGUAUAAGUACGAAGAAAGUUUGUCCUUUCUGCUACCUCAUAUAUACUGGAAAAGAGGACGCCGUGAUGGUCCGGACGAUGAAGAAUUCUACGAUGAGGACGACAGCACCAUCGAUGAUUAUCUGGAUGCGAACACUCGGGACUGCGAUCCACUGGUGGAAAUGCCUUUUGUUAAGAAUGAAAUUUCCGCCAGUCAAACGGGAUUGGAAGGCCCGGAUCCAACUGCUAGCAAUGAUAAAAGUCGACAGGAAAAAAAUGCCGAACCACCACCGACUUCAACAGUUACCAAGCGAAAACGAAGUCCCGAAAGAAAGUACUUCAAAUUCUUGGAAAGGCCGCGCCCAUCCGGAUCAGCUUACCACGAUCUGGAUGAGAUUGAUAUGUUUUUCCAGAGUAUGGCAAAAUCAACCAAAACACUUCCUCCGGUCGAACAGGCGAAAGUGAAAUUGCUGGUCAGUCAGGCAGUGUUUCAAGCUCAAAUAGCUCACGCAGAACAGUCUCCACGUGCUGCCCCUGCUAAACGGCCGGACUCGGCUGCAUCGGCGGGUUCGGACUAUUUGUAGAUAGAGAGUACCAGUUAAACGAUCAAAUGCUUUCGAUACGCUACGAAUAAAGUUUAUUGAAAAUGUUACACGACAAGAAUUCGACGUAAUCCGAAAAUGGUGACGCAAGGUGCAAACGGGUUGCUUCGAUUGCUUUUCUUAUCGUCGCUCGGCAAAAGGGUCACUAAUCUGUCUCUCGGUGUUCUCGCUGACAGGCUAUUUGUAAACGUAAAAAUGGCCGAACCAGGGGACCUGUGUGCACUUUUCGUCUCCUUGCUUCGUGUAUUAUAAGUGGCCGGUGUCACGGGGAUUGCUAGUUAACCAGCAAAAAAAAGACGAAUGUAGCAAUUUCACUUGCGUGGCAGAUUUCAAACGCACAGCCAAUGUUAUAACUCAUUAACCUCGCUAGGCGCUUUGCCCCGUUCGCGGCUGGGUUUGGUUAGUUAGUGAAAACCGAUCUGCUUGCCAGCAAGUGAAGCUAUUAUAAUUGAAUGAGUUGCUAUAGUCCAAAUCAGAACCAAGUGGGGUUGAAAACGGAUCGCCUUCAUGAAUUUGAAGAUUGGAAGUUUUCAAUGCUCGAUUUUUUUUUCAGAACCACAAUUUGUUUCUGUAUAUGAAUUGGUUCAUAGCAAUUCACACAACAAGUACAAUGUUAGUUCAGUGUUUCAAACAAAAUUUUGAAUAAAAAAAAUUCGGAAAAAAUCUAUUUUAUAAUGGUAGAACUCAGAAGAUGAAAUACAAAAAACA